ACCAAACCGCGCCUGCACGCUGACUGUCCAGCACAGUGGAACCAGAGACUGCAGCAGCAGAAACGAAAAGAACAAAGUAGAAGAGGAGAACCUCCACCGCCCAUGCUGACACUUUAGCCCGCGGGAUGGAUUUGGUGGAGCGCCGCUACUUGUCUCCCUACGACUACACUUUUAAUUUCUGGAACGACUACCUGGGUUUGUCCACCCUCGUGGCCCCGAACCGGAUCCGGGCCCCUGCGAGUAACGGCCCCAACUCCAUAACGGAGUCGCUCAAAGCAACGCUGGGCUUGGACGACUCGCCGUGCGAGCUUCAGGAGCGCUUCUGGCCGCUCCACCGGCCGCCGCUCGGCGACCUCAGGCUGGCCGGGGUCAGAGACGACGCGGCCAGCUCCGCGAGGAGCGGCUUCACUGAGGGUCCGGCGCGAGGACGCAAGCAGGCGCCGCGCGGCAAGGCCGAGCACCGGGUGUGCGUGUUCUGCCGGAACAACGGCGCUCCGGAGGAGGUGUACGGCACGCACAUUCUGAAGACGGCCGACGGCCGGGUGUUGUGCCCCAUUUUGCGGGCGUACACUUGCCCGCUGUGCAGCGCCAACGGGGACAACGCGCACACCAUCAAGUACUGUCCGCUCUCCGCCAGGGAGCCGCCCGGGGGCCACAGGAUGAUAGUGCUCCCGACCAAAGCAAGCAGAGCGCCCGGCAAUAGACUCAAACUCUUCUCCUGAAAACGUCCAAGGAGGAAAACAUUCAUCGUUGUUUACGUAUUUCUCUCACUUCUUCUUUGACCAAAAUUAUCUUUUGUUCGGAUUUGAUCCAAAUUGCACAUUUAGACUGAAUUUAAAUGGAAUCCUGAGUCCACAUUUAGAGCGAUUCCAAGUGUUACAUAUAAGAAGCAAGAUGUAAUUAUCACCAAACUACCCAUUUAUAUAUUUGUCCAAUAUAUUUCUCCAAUGAAGCGUUCUGUUAUAUGUUUCAUCCAAUUUGAACAAAAUACGUCAAGUGUGUUAUAUGUGUAUAUUUUCAUGUCAAGUUUAAUCCAGACUCGAUCCACUUGGCACAUUUGGACCAAGUGAAACUUGUUCUGAUGGUUUAAAGAGGUAAAUUGAUAGCAUAUAGUGAAAGCUUAUACGAUCUAACGCUAAACCAGGUUUAAUCUGGUUGUCUACAUUUUGGAGUUAUGCUAAAUGUGAAUUUGUCUAUAUGGUUUAUGAGAAACGAAUCUCAAAAUAAUAAUUCUGUCAAAUAUUUUACUCCAGCUCUAUAUUCUGAUUUUUAUACUGAUGCAAGACCUGGUCACAUAUGCAGAUUUUUCUAUACAGCAUUUUGACUUUUGCAUCAUGGAAUUUAAAAAAGACAGAAUGCAGACGUGACCAUGCAAGUUGACAGAUUUUUUUUGUCUUAAAUAUGCUCCAGUGUAUCUUGUAAUUGUCUCAAAAGGUUCUAAAGAGCAACAUUCCAAAGUUUCUAUAUGUUAAAAGCAAAUGUUUUGUUGUACUUAUUUUUUACUUAAGUGUAGAGCAGGGGGGAUUUUCACUGUGCAUAAACUCUGAAUAAAACAAGAUUUGUUUUUGUUGCA